AUGUCUCUUUUCGCGCCCAAGUCUUCCGCACCAUCGACGGACGGCCUGUCUAUCAACACAAAUUCGGCCAAUUCUUUGUUCAGCGGCGGAAACAAUACUCAAACCAACUCGAAAUCUGCGCUAGGUGGAGGUACUACUGGUGGAGGUCUCUUCGGCAAUCCGAAUUCCACGACACAGCCCAAGCCCGCUGGAGGAUUGUUUGGAGGUCUGGGCAGUGGGAACACUGCGCAACCACAAAGCACCGGGACCAGCAUGUUUUCGGGUCUCGGGAAUCAGCAGCAAAAUAACGCGACCGGAGGUGGAGGUGGCUUAUUCGGGCAAUCGGCGACGGCUUCCACUCAGCCUGCAGCUGGUGCCGGUGCUGGCACUGGCACUGGACAGGGCGGCUUAUUCGGCGGUGCACCCAGCACCAGCACCACGCAAACUGGAACGACAGCAGGGGGUUUAUUUGGCGGAGCAUCCAACAACACACAGACAGGUGCCACCGGAGGCGGUGGUCUCUUUGGUGGUGGAUUAGGCUCAGCGACACAAACCCAGGCCAAGCCAAGCCUCGGACUGGGCACCUCAACUACCGGGGGCGGACUCUUCGGCACCACGGGCACCCAGCAGCCUCAGCAACAGCAGACUCAAAAGCCCACUCUCUCGCUGUUCGGAAACCCGGGCACGACACAGACGACUCAACAACCACUGCAACAAAGUGUGGCCGGCGGUUCGGUGGCACCUGGUGUGGCUCUUAAUCUGGACGAGCUACUCCCUACGACCAAAUUCGAGAGUUGUGCGGAACAGGUUCGCAAGGGAAUCGAGAACAUCGACAACUACAUCCUGGACCAGAUCAAGCUGUGCAAUGAGGUGUCCGACAUGCUUCCCACAAUCGAGUCUCAGGGCUCCACCAUCCCCUAUGACGUUGAGUUUGUGCAGGGCAAACUCGAAACCAUCCAACAUGCAUUGGAGAACGACGCAGGCGACAUCGACCAGCUGCGCGGCCUCGUCGCACGGGACGCGGCCGAGGCACAGGUGGGUUUCCGUGCCAUCGACACCCUGAAGCUGCCCCUACAGUACCAGUCCACCAGCGGGAAUGGCUGGUGGUCGAUGCAGGAUCAAAAGGUGCCAGAUCGCCGGUCUACUCGCAAGAAUACUCUCGCUCUGCCGGAUGACGUGGAGGCUGACCCUGCCACGGCCACGGCGGUCAAUGGCGUGCCGGUCAACCUGGUGGAUUACUUUUCACAGCGCUCAGAUGAAAUGAGCGGUGUACUGGACCGCUACAAGGGCAACCUGAAGGAGAUCGAAGACCACCUGCAUGGGGUGGAGCUUACGCUCAACCGCCAGAUCAGCGAGUUUGUCAGCUCUCGAUCUCGUGAUGGUGCUGGUCCCGGCGGACCUCGGUCUGCCAUCAACGACCUGGCGGCUGUCCUGGGAGACGUGGAAGCCGGAAUUCUGGGCGUUGCCAACCGGCUGAGUGGUGUUUCCGAGCAAGUGCAGGAGGUGACCCUGGGGCCCUUGUCUGCUGGAGAGGGCCGGCUGGGACUCAACUGA